AAACAAGAAAAGACAUUCUCAAGAUCUGAGUCAGAUCGAGAAAGCCCAAGAAACUGCGCCAGAGACUGUUGACACCACUGUGACAAAAUCUAUCCCAAUCCCGGAAGUUCCUAAAGACACGAAUCUUCAGCUUCCACCGCGACCCGCGACAAGCUCUGGGGCAUCUAUAAAAUCUACCACACAGCCCUUAGCUCCAUUAUCAACCAAAGAAGUAAAAAUGACACCUGAAAAGGCCCGCCUUAUGAAGGCGAUGAAGCUGAGGGAAAAGAAAAAGAUGCAGAAUUCCACAGCUCUGGAACAGACCUCAGCUUUAGAUAAAGCACCCACAAAUGAAGAAAAGGAGGAGACCCAUACCGAACCCAAAGAUUCUUUACACAUUAGCGAUAAUGUCAGCCACCGAACCAUAUCACAUGCAGAUUCUGGCAUUGCGAUCGACCCGCCCACACCAAUGACGAUCAACACGGAAGACACAUCAGACUCGCAUCCAAAUUCACCCACAGCCGCAACAUUGUCGGAGAUAGGGGCAUCUACAAAAGCAUCUUCUUUGUCCGAAUCGACAGACGAAACUGUCCUAGAAGCAAAAGAAACGACUCAAGAGUCUGAACGAAUGGGUCAUAAAGAGGAAUCCAAAAGUUUUCUAGGGAAUGAGGGUCUACCAAUUAGCGCUGUGGAGACAGCAGUGGAUGAAGGGUCACAGGCUGAGACGCAGAUCACCCUUGUCUCAGAUACAACAAAUAUCAAAGACAUUGAGGAAUCUUCCAACAUUCCAGAACCUAUCCACUCUACACAAACAACAGAAUCUGCGAUCCGAGAAUCUAUAGAGAUAGAUGAUUCAACCGACUUUAUCUCGCAGACUCACCCUGCGAGUGAAGAGAAUCCAAUUAAGUCGCCUUGGGGGCUACCCGUUUCAAAGUUCUCUUCCAACGAACCGAAGACACCUACUUCGACAAGGUCACCAACAACAUCGCCGACAACUCCUAGCCUAAGGUCGAAAUUCUCCGUACCCGACAUUACUAUCCCUAUCGGGCCCAUUCCUCCUCUACCAGACACUUCCUCUACGUUACUGGAAGAAGACCACCAGCAAAUAAGAGCCGAAUACUCUCCCAAAUCGGACCCGAACAUUGGGCUGUCUACUCAGAAACACGCCAAGCGCAAGACCGUCGUCGGACCCAUUCGAACCGAUCUGACAAAGACCACUCCUCUCUCUGAGGUUUCCGACCCUCUCCUUGACGAUGACCUAAUGGAUGAGCUACAAUCAGCGACGUUACAGGAGGCCAAACCUAUGCUUGUUUCGAAGUCACCUAUUACGCCUGUCUUCCCCAACUCCAGUCCCCUCAAACCAGCUGCACAAUUAUCUCGUACAGUCUCGAACCCAAUGCGUGGGCCGCUCCUAGUACCUGGCGAUGUAUCACAAAGUAGUGCUAGAAGUGUAUCCGCAGGUGGCGCGGCCUACCUACACACAAUUACUCGACAGUCAUCAAAUGCCGGCCUGCAAGCUAAGAAGAGUAAUCUCGGAUCGAGCAUUUCACAAAGGAUAAAAGCCUUGGAAAAGCUUUCGGGUAGCACUAGUACCGAGGAUCUUCGUCCUAAAACUGCGACUCCCUCUUCAACUUUCUUUAGUGUUCGAAAGCAGAGCGUAAGGGAUCCUUCAAGAUCUCCUUCGAUAGUAGAUCGUGCAAGUACUUUAGCUGGGCAUACACCCACUACACCCGAACAGUCGAGAGAAGUUACUCCCGAAACUCCAAAUGGCAGCGGUCGCGAAAGGCGCGAAAGGUCUUUGUCGGUAGCUAGCCGACUAAGCAUGUUCGAAAGCCAAUCCCAGACCCUACACCGAGGGCGCCCAGAAUCAAUACAAGUUACUGCGAGGAUAAUUCGCGAUCCGAGUCAAAGCCUACCGAGGAAACCCGAUGCGAACGCGAACGUCGGCGAUUACCCUCAGCUUGAAUUGAAGCAAUCGCCAUUAGUGGUUGAUCUACAAAGAACAGAAGCAUCUCAGCCAGUGCCUGGGCCCGAGCCCAUCAAAGCAUCAAAGGAGACAAUACAAGAGAGACGCGAUAGAAAGAGUAUAUCAGAUGAUGGCGAGAAGGCGCGUAGACGGUCAUCCUUGAGUAUUGUUAAGGAUUUCAUCAAGGAUCGCCGGGCAUCAAUUGCAAGCAAAUCAACUGAUAAUCUGACAAUCAUGUCACCUAACGGAGCUAAGUCUCCUAAUAGGCCACCCUCUACUCACCAAAAUGCCGGUGGUAUCGCGCGACGCCUGUCAAUUUCAAGCCGCCGCUCAUCAUUUACUCGUGACCGAGACAAUUCGUCGCUCGCUUCACCCGCCGUCUUCAGUGAUAGUGGUUCUGGGGACGAUGAUAAGAACUCGAGCGACAAGAAGUCUAAGAAGCGAGCGUCUCGCUUUAUCAGACGCCUCUCGAACUCGCUUAGCGGGAACCGCAAAGCUGCUAGUCCUAGCAUCUCUCCGACCGUUGCCGAAGAAGAUGCCGACCAGCUUGCUGCCGCGUCAAUGACCGAUGUCUCUCUUUCCCAGCCCGCUGUUGUGGCAUAUAUGGGAGAUGUCAAUGUGCAGUUCCCGGACAAUUUACUGUGGAAGCGCCGCAGCAUGUGCCUAGAUACACAAGGAUUCCUUUUCUUGAGCGCCGUCCAAGGUGUCUCAACAAGCGUUAAAGAUAAGGCUGGCGCAGGCGUUAAGCGCUACCACCUAAGCGACUUCCGCUUACCUUAUAUCCCUGACGUUGAAAUUCAAGAGCUGCCCAACAGCGUCGUCUUAGAUCUACUAGAAGGCUCUUGCCUGCAGAUUGCCUGCGAAGACCGAGCCGGUCAAAUGAGUAUAUUACAUGCUCUACAAGAUGCACACCGAAGCCACAGCUCCUUCGGACAAUAAGCUUUCGAGAUCUCUACUACGACUGCAAUUCACCUUCUUUCAAACCUCCCCUAAAACUUUUCCUUGAUUACGACAGAUACCCAAGCCUCUUUACAACAUUGUGCCAGUAAAACGCAUUCACUAUUUUCCUUUUGUGUACCUGGAUUCGUACAGUCUGACGACGACCGCCGUUUCAUUCCGGCAGUAAUUGCCAUACAUGUUUCCACAUUCGACAAAAAUUUAUACGUCCUAGGAGGACAUACCGUUGUUUAGUAACCUUGCUCUUCAAUUUUUUUGUACUUUGAAGAUUUCUUUUCUCGCGGUGUGAGAAAAUGAUACCAGCUAUUGGGAGAUAUAUUGAGGAGGAAGGCUGUCGUGUUUUCUUGCAUCUCGCCACUGGUGGGAAAGGUGUUGUUGAUGCUUACUCUUGAAAAAAGGGGAGGUUCGUGGAGAAUGACGGGCCAGAGACUGUAAAACAAACAAGGGUUGUUUAGUAUUAUGUAUGGUGUACAUAGCACACACAGUAUUGGCGUGCGUCAAUAAGCAUCACAAUGUGUAUUUGUUAAUGUUAAGAAUAAAUACAUAAAUAAAAUAACUAAUGAAGUGUACCUGCCGUAACCUAAACUUG